AAAAGGAAACCUCAGAAGACAGCCCUUGAAAAUCCACCAACUAAAACUAAUAAAAAUAAUAUUAAACUGUAAAAAACUGAACCCACCAACUAAAACUCACAAAGAACCAAUCUUUAAUUUUGUUUCAAAAAAUCUGAUUGUUUUUCAAAUUCUUGAGAUUGAGAACCUUCUGUUUCUUGAUUUGUGUAAACAAGGAAGUGGAGAGAGCAGUAUCUAAAAGAAGAAGAAGAGUUGAAGUUAACAGUUCUCAUGGAGAGCCCUUCGAAUUGGCAACAACGAAGAGCCUUUGUUAGGUCAACAAUGGGAAGAAAUCUGAGUCCAAUACUGCGGCAAGAAUUGGCAAAUCUUGACAAAGAUGCUGAUAGUCGUAAAUCAGCAAUGAAAGCACUGAAAUCAUAUGUGAAAGGCUUGGAUUCCAAGGCAAUCCCACAAUUUCUUGCUCAAGUUUCCGAAACAAAAGAAACUGGGUCUUUGUCCGGUGAAUACACAAUUUCACUGUAUGAAGUUCUUGCUCGUGUCCAUGGAGUUAAUAUUGUAACUCAGGUUGAUAGUAUCAUGGCUACCAUAAUCAAAACUUUAGCAUCAAGUGCAGGAUCUUUUCCUCUUCAACAAGCGUGCUCCAAGGUGGUACCAGCAAUUGCAAGAUAUGGGAUUGAACCAACGACCCCAGAGCAUAAGAAAAGGCAUAUAAUUCACUCGCUUUGUAAGCCUCUUUCAGAAGCUCUCUUAGGUUCUCAAGAAUGCCUGACUUCAGGGGCUGCCCUUUGCCUGAAGGCUCUAGUGGACUCAGAUAAUUGGCGAUUUGCUUCAGAUGAGAUGGUGAAUAGGGUUUGUCAGAAUGUGGCUGUUUCUUUGGAGGAGAAGCCCACGCAAACUAAUUCACACAUGGCCCUGGUAAUGGCUUUGGCUAAGCAUAAUGCUUUGAUAGUUGAAGCAUAUGCAAGACUCUUGGUACAAUCUGGAUUGCGCAUCUUGAAAGCUGGGGUCUUAGAGGGUAAUUCUCAGAAACGAUUAUCGGCUAUCCAAAUGGUCAAUUUCUUGAUGAAAUGUCUGGAUCCUAGGAGCAUAUUCUCAGAAAUUGAUUUGAUAGUUGAGGAGAUGAAUGAGAGCCAGUCCGAUCCAAUGGCCUAUGUGAGUGGAGCUGCAUUCGAAGCCUUGCAAACUGCAAAGAAAAUUGCUGCAGAGAAAGGGUCAAAAUUUGAGAAGAGUUCUGGUUCAAUUACUGGAUCAAACUUUGGCAGGAGAGACCACAGAGGAAGGAGAAAUUUGUCCAGUGCCUAUGGUGAUCAAUCUCCAGCAUCUAUAUCACCUGAAUCACAAACUCUUGAUUCCUUUAUGGAAUAUGAAUCUUUCAUUGAGUCACCUAUUUCGACAACUAAUACUUCUUCCAGUGAGUAUGACCGUGGGAGUGUGAAUCGGAAACUAUGGAGUUUUGAGAAUGGAGGGGUGGACGUAUCUCUAAAAGAUGGUUUAUUUUCAGAGUCUCAGGGAAGUCCCAUCCAUGAUGCAUUCUCUGAUCAGUCUGGGCUACAUGAACUUACUGAAAACAGAGGAAGUUGCACGGGUGAAUUUGCAGGUUUCUUGCCUAGAAGUCCUAGAAAUGGACUAUCGAGGUGCACCACUCCCAGUCCUCAGCGGUCACGCUCUCAUAUAAAUGUCAACAACGUUAGCAUCUUCACAACUCCCAGGAAGCUCGUACACGCUCUCCAGGAUCCUAAUGAUUUGGAUUCAGAUUUCUCUGAGAAACAGAAUGAAAGGUUCGGAAGUCCAUGCUCGUGCAAAUUUGAUUAUAGGCCCACUCUGAGGUUAAAACAAAAUGGCUUUCAGCAGGAUAUGGGUUCGGAGGUCAAUGAGAACGGAAACUCAUAUGCUGGUGGUGAGCAGUUACAAGGUCCCUCUGAAUCAGUGGCAUCAACAGAGGAAAUUCCGGUCAACACUGAUACGCAAGUGUCUACAGAGGUGAUUCUUGGAAAGAAAACUGAUGAUCCUAAAAAAAAUUGCGCUGAAAGGGAAAUGAGGAAGACUUCUUCCCUGUUAGUUGUUGGGUUCUGCAUUGCUUUGCUAGCAAUAUUUGCCUCAUUAAUGUUCAUUUAUCUGCAGGAUGAUAGUCAUCAUAUGGUUCCAACUUGAUUCUCUCAUUUGUAUCAAAAUCUCCCAGUUACACUGUAUUAGGUCAUUUUGAAUAUCCUAGGUUUUUCUGUAGCAAUGUAAGGUAGUCAAUUGCUCCAACUAUGAGUUGGAUGUUUAUGUGUUUAAUAUCAUGAAACAAUUUGUGUUCUUGCAA